AGGUUGGGGCUGGCGGCUCCGCACUCGGUGGCGCACAAACGAGACCCGAGAGCGGCCGAGGUGAGAUCGCUGCGCCGUCGGAGCUGUCCACUGCGCCGUGGUGCUGAACCGCACAGACCGCUGUGCUCCGCGUCCUGAGCCUUGCUCCUCCGCGCUGCUGGGGUGAUAUUUUGGGAGAGGAUUAACAACCUGCCCUCCGGCUGUUUUUAUAGGUGUAAACUUCUCCCGAGGACACCCCCCCCCUCUCUUUCUCUCUCUAUCUCCACGCACACGCACUCACAGGGGGAAUUACAUUAACCGUGGAUUUGACAAGAGCUCGAGAUUAUCACUAAUAAUAGUUUGUUGAGAAGUGUUUCCUGCUUUUGUCGCCCAGUAAUCUCGCCCUUGGAUUAUUUUCCUGGAUGGUGUACGUUUGGACGCAAAGGAGGGGACCAAUGAAGGGAGCCGGAUGGCGGGCGGCGGCGUCACUCCUACUGUUGGGCCUCGCCGCGCUCGGCGCACAGGGCCGACCCGACCGGGAGGGGCUCGGGUCGCCGCUCUAUCGACCGGCCGUGAGGUUCCGGCACAAGGAUGGGAUCCCUGAGAGCUUGAGGAUAAAAGGUUUUAUGGGGCACAACGGCCACCCGAGCCCGUGUGAACACAAGUACUGUGGCUUGGGGCGUCACUGUGUGGCCGACCGCGAGACCGGCCGAGGGGAGUGCAGGUGCUUGGAUUACUGCAAGCCGCACUACAAGCCUGUGUGCGGAUCAGACGGGAAGCUCUACCAAAACCACUGUGAGCUCCACCGGGCCUCCUGUCUCAGAGGACAGAAGAUUACCAUCAUGCACAGCGAGGAGUGCUUCUACAAAGACGAUAACUGCAGACUGAGCGACUACCGGCGGCUGAAAACCAAGAUUUUGGAUUUGCACGACAAGCGGUACAUGGGGUCUAAGCUCCACGGGGCCCACAAGGACAACAUGGCUGCCAGGAAGCAACUGGUGGACGUGAUGUUCAGACGCUUUGACGCAGACAGCAACGGUCAAAUAGAUGCCAGCGAGCUCUCACAGGUCAUCAAGCAAGAAGGGCUGUCCAAGGAUGUCUCUGAGUGCACCCUGUUUGACCUGCUGAAGUACAACGACGUCAACGACGACGAGCACCUGACAAAGGACGAGUUCUACGCGGCCCUGGAUGUGUACCUGCUCACUCUCCCGGAUGACCAGAAAGUGAGCGUCACCACGGUAACCGUCGGCCAGAGCGCCGUGCUGACGUGUGCCAUCACCGGGGAGCGGCGGCCUCCUGUGCUGUGGAAGAGGAACCAUCAGUUUCUGAACUCGUUGAACCUGGAGGACAUCAACAUCCCUUCCCAGGACUUUGGCGAUGACGGCUCACUGUACAUCACCAAGGUGACCACGACCCACAUGGGCAACUACACCUGCCAUGCCGACGGAUACGAGAAGCUCUUUCAGACCCACACGCUUCAAGUGAACGUUCCUCCCAUCAUCCGAGUUUACCCGGAGAGCCAGGCCAGGGAGCCCGGCGUCACGGCCAGCCUGCGCUGCCACGCCGAGGGCAUCCCCGCCCCCCGGCUGGCCUGGCUGAAGAACGGCAUGGACAUCGCGACCAAGCUGUCCAAGCAGCUCACCCUGCAAGCCAAUGGGAGCGAGGUGCACAUCAGUAACGUGCACUUUGAAGACACCGGCGCCUACACCUGCAUCGCCAAAAAUGAGGCCGGCGUGGACGAGGACAUCUCUUCGCUGUUCGUGGAGGACUCCGCCCGUAAGACCUUGGCAAACAUUCUGUGGCGAGAGGAAGGUCUGGGCAUUGGCAACAUGUUCUACGUGUUCUACGAAGACGGCAUUAAAGUCAUUCAGCCGGUGGCAUGUGAGAUACAAAGACACAUUAAGCCCAGUGAGAAACUGCUGGCUCUGCAGGAGGAGGUGUGCCCCACCUCCCCAGGGGAAGAGGUCCAGAGGUGCGUGUGGUCAUCGGCGGUCAACAUCAAGGACAAGUUUAUUUAUGCGACGCAGCCGACCUUGGAUCGAGUGCUCAUCGUUGACAUCCAGUCUCAGAAGGCUGUGCAGACCGUCGGCACCGACCCGUUCCCCGUGAAGCUCCACUACGACCAAUCGCACGACCAGGUGUGGCUGCUCAGCUGGGGGGACAUGGAGAAGAACCUGCCGACGCUCCAGGUGAUCAAUCAGGCCAGUGGACGAGUGUCCCACCACACCGUCCACACGCAGCCCGUCGGCAGGCGCUUUGACAGGGUGGACGACUUCUUCAUUCCCGCCUCCGGCCUCGUCGUCAACCACGUCAGGUUCGGCCUCAUCCUUCACCGAAAUGAGCCUGUCCUCCACAAGAUCGACCUGGAGACCACGUCCUACGUGAAGAACAUCAGCCUGCGGGAGUACGACUGCAUCCCUAAGUCCGUCACCUACACCCACCUGGGCGGCUACUACUUUGUGGACUGCAGGCCCGACUCCACCGGCGCCACUCGGCCGCAGCUCGUCGUGGACGGCGUGACGGACAGCGUGAUCGGCCCGAACCGCGACGUCACCGGCGCCCCGUACGUGUCGCCGGACGGCCGCUACCUGGUCUCCGUCGACGACGGCGACGGCCUGAUGCGGAUCCAGGAGAUUUCCGAGCGGGGGCAAAUCCAGGAGCCCUUCGACAUCCACACCAACCUCCACCUGUCCGACCUGGCCUUCCAGCGCUCCUUCACGGAGGUCCACCAGUACAACGUGUUCGGCAGCUCCGGCCGCCAGACGGACGCUCUGUUCGUGGAGCUGCGCACCGGCAAAGUGAAGAUGAUCAAGAGCCUGAAAGAGGCCACCAAGUCGUCCGGGUGGCCGUGGAGCAGCAGGAACAGGCCCAUGGCGGGCAGCGGCCUGUUCGGACAGUACCUCGUGACCCCGUCCAGGGAGUCCCUCUUCAUCCUGGACGGGCGGCUAAACAAGGUCAACUGUGAGAUCACCGACGUCGUCGAGGGCAACGUGGUGGUUUGGGUCGGCGAGUCUUAGGUCGUGACCCUGUGAGCUUUUCCUUCUUUUUUUUCCACGACAGUGAACGCCACACAGUUAUGAACUAAAUUGACCAUUAGUGAAUCCAUCGGAUGAGGGACUGUCAUCCAAAAAAUACAAUUGAGGAAUUAAUUGGUUGAUGUUUAAACCUUUCUUUUUGCCAGGAGGGGUCUCAUGUUUGUAUCAACACCACGUUGCUCGUCGCUAAUCAAUUUCAGAAAAAUUGGUACUAGUCUGUUGACGUGUGCAACUUUGCAUAAUUAUUCACUAUUGUUUUUAGUCAGUCUGUGAGAAUGCUGUAGAUAAUCUGUGAUUUGGCAAAUAUAUAUUUAUAUGUAUAUUAAUAUAUAUACUGCAUAUGUCCAGAUUAACUUCAAAUUUAAUUGCAUCAUCCCAAACGUUUUCCUGUGCCUUCAAGGAAAAUUCCCCUCCAUCAGAGGAGUUGGCAUAAUUAUUCUCCCAGUGUGACUGCAGACUAAACCUCCUCCUUCGACCCCCAACCCCACCCUCUCAUCCUCCAUUUGUGGUGAGUGCGGUUCCUCCCAUAAUCCAUUGCGGCCGUCUAUCGGUCCGUCCAACUCAGUCUAAUUAAAAGAAUCCCUCGCUCUGAACCAAUCCUGUUUGAAGUGGAGAUUGAGAGUUUCAUUACGCUCAAAAAUCUCUGAUCCAAAAACACUUUUGAAUUAUAUCUAUAUUUUUUUUUUCUUCCUUUUUUAGUCCAAAACUGAAAAAAAAUUCAGUGGCAAUGUUAGAUGAGUUAUUACCGGCUUUAAACGCCACACAUUGUGACAUUUCACUUAUUUCAAAACGUUCCUUAGCGGCGAGUCAGUAGAGAAAAUUAUGAAUUUAAUAUCUCUGGACCAAAUGUAAGAUAUGGAAAGCGUCUUAGAGUGUGAUAGAGUGCACUAUUAAAAAAAAACACGCAUUUACCUAUUGGUUUUAAAUGGAUGUUUUGAUGUGGCACGUUGGGGGAUUGUGGCGUAACCGGUUCGUGUCGAGGCUUUUUGAGGCAAACGCCUCUUUCUGAAGGAGACAAGUAAAAUGAUCCGUUCCCUAGCUGGACACAUUUCUAUGCAUUUCCCCACUAGCACUUAAACGUAAAAAACGAUGGGAAACUGCAUCGCAAAAUUUAGUAAGGACUUUUCAUGUGUACAGGUUAUAUGAAGUCAUUCCGUCUUUCCCCUUAAAUCUUACUUGUGUUUUCUUAAUCUUUUUACUUUUUCCUUUUUUUCUCUCUCCGGUUACAUUUUUUUUGGCAAAACCCUUAAAAUCCAAAUGUACCCAUGACUAUGACCUCUGACCUUUUCUCUACUACGUUCUUUCCAAAGCGGCUGAUUGUGAAUCCCAUUCUGUGUGCAGAUCCACGCAGGUCCAGCUCACACAUACACAACACACUCCUUUUUGAGAUGUUCAAACCAAACACACAACUGUCCCUCUCGCCACCUUGUACCCCGAGCACAUUGUGAUCAAUGCUUUUACCUCCACACAGCCGUGUCUCGUAUGUUCCUUCAUGUGGUUGUUAUUUAUAUAGAGAAAACACGCUUGUCAUUUUACCCAACAAUAAAAAAAAAACUAGACAAAGAAAAACAAGUGUAAAAUUGUUUGUUGUUUACCAAAUGGCGUUGGAGCGAGUUUCCUUCAGGAGUUACAGCGGCCUGCAGACAAUUGUGAU